AUAAAUAAAAAAAAUAUUCAAACCCCCUGCCAAAAUAUCGGGAGCUCGUCAGUGUCCAUUCAAAAACAUGUCGUCGUGGACACCAGUGACGCGCCAGACAUCAUCGUGGACACUAGAGACACGCCAGACAUCAUGAUCCAGAUAACAGACACCCAGAAGAUCGGGGUAGGGUUUGCCGCGUUUGGGGUCACCUUUAUCUUCCUUGGAGUUAUCCUCUUCUUUGAUAAAGGACUCUUAGCCAUUGGCAAUAUCCUGUUCUUGGCGGGCCUCGCAUUUGUGGUUGGCUUGGAACGCACAUUCCGCUUUUUCUUCCAACGCCACAAGUGGAAAGGCUCUGGGGCUUUCUUCGGAGGGAUCCUGACUGUCUUGCUCGGCUGGCCCUUAAUCGGCAUGUGUGUGGAAGUGUAUGGUUUUGUAAUACUGUUCAGUGGAUUCUUCCCAGUUGCGGUAAAUUUCCUGCGCCGUAUGCCAGUGAUCGGUCAGAUACUCAACCUUCCUUUCAUCAGUGGUCUGUUGCCCCCAGACUCGUCAUCUUGAGUAAGCCAAGUUUGUUGAUCGAAUAGGAGGGGACUCCAAGAUGAAUGUAUGACAAGGAGAAAAUGAAGAAUUUUAAGAAUCUUGAUAUUACAAAGCCAGUGACUGCAGUGUUAAAGAGGAAAGAUAACCCAAAGUGUGCCAAGACCCAAACACGAGAGGAGUUUGAGAGAGAAUGUGUGUGAAUUUAAGGGACGGUGUAAGGAACGUGUUUGACAUGAAAAAAACAACCCUUAAAGGACGUAAAAUCUAAUGAUGAAAAGGGCGUUUCUAAGACAAGGGUAAAAUAAAACAUUGCUCUAAUGGGUGCACUUAUUAGUUAGCAUUCAUUUCUUAGCCUGCUGAUAUACACAGCUCACCAUAAAUUUCAUAUAGAUAUGUAUAUCGGCUUGGUUUCAGAAAUAUAGGUGAAGAUUUAUCUUAUGUUUUAUAUAUGAAGAGUUUAAAGUUGCUUUUGCCAAAAUCCCUGAAGUUCAUGUUUUUCUUUCAGAUUUCCACUUUUGUAUAAAUGUUUUAUAAUUGAACUUCUGAAGCCUUUUGUCUUUAUUGUAGCUGGUAAGAUUUAGUAAAUCUUUUCUGUCAAUAUUUAUAAAGUAUGAAAUACGAAGUAAGAAUUACUUGUUUCUAUCAUUAUAUUCCUCUAGUAGAGAAGACAAAGUUCCCGCUUGCUAACAAAAUUUAGUAUUUCUGGAUUUACUAUGGUAUAGAAAAGGGAGGAGGGUUAGCCUGCUGUAAAUGAGAAACUAUUGACCAUUUUGAUAUACUAGGACGCUUCACAUCUCAUCUAGUACCGACUCCUUUGAGGAAAUUAGUUGGUGGUUUUUAUGAAGUAAUCAUUAGUAUUCAUACACAUUACAUUGAAUUUCAUUCACAACAGUACCAUGUCUUUAUGACCUAUGAAUUCAUGUCGCACCUUCUGUGUGGCCAUCAUCCACUUUCGUAUUGCCAGAAUUUGCUACUUGUCAGAAUAGUUAAUGGAAAACAAAAUAGAAGACUGGUAGUUCAGUGUAUAGGCAUAGACAGCAAACUCUUAUUUAAAGGCAACUGUUUCUGUGCAACCAUGCUCUGAUGCACAAAAUAAAUAUAGAAGCAGCAGGAAAAAGAGAAAAAGAAAAAUCUGCAUAUAUAUAUUAUGUUAGAAUACAAGAUCACACAAAGUUAUCCGAGUUCAUCAUUGCAAGGUUGUAACAAGCAAUUUUUAUAGUCCUGUAAGUAUACCGCGUUCAUACAUGUUUUGUACUUGCUCUUAGUAUUGUUAAAUAUCUUCGUGGAAGCAAUCACAAAAAAGAAAUACCUACAGAGUAUUUAUUUUCAAGAUGUGUUUCAUCGAACAAUGAUAUGGAUAUUAAUUUUAUUUAUUGUGAUGCUUGAGUUUUUAUGCAAAUGAAUUACUAUUUUGUAGGAGGCUGGACUUGCAUUGUUAUUCUGAAAUUCACUUACAAAAGGAGAAACUUGUAGGAAAACAAAUGGUUUGAUAUAAUGUGGACAAUGAAUUCAUGUAUAUAUACUUAUAAUUGUUAAGUUUUGUCCUUUUUUUCUUUUCUUUUUUCGUGUUUUGAGAAGAAUGACCAUGGUGUAUAUAGAUGCUAGUUUGAAAUAGCAAUGGGGCUUUUUUUUUUCUUUGUAACAAUGGUAAUGUGCUCCUGCUUGCUAAGAUUAAAAUCUUGUGAUAAUUGGAUGGCAUAAUUAAGGACUGCCUCUAGAUUAACCACUGAGAUUAUGUACAGUAUUUAUUUUCUGAGCCAUACUACAAGUGUACAAAUCUUAACAUGUUCAAGAAUAUUGUGUAUGUAAUUUAGCAGCUUCAUAUUUCUGGAAAUAAACAUGUUACAUAAAAAAAAA